AUGCCGACGACGACGACGACGACGACGACGACGACGGCGGCGACGCGUCGAGCGCCCGCGACGACGCGCGCGCGACGACGCGCGUGCGCGACGCGAGCCGCGAGCGAACCGCGGUCGCGCGCGCUGUUCGCGAGCGACGACCGCGGAAUCGUGCUGUACGACGGCGUGUGCAAUCUGUGCAACGGGGCGGUGAACUUCGCGCUGCGGCACGAUCGAGACCGCGCGAGGGGGUCGGUGCGGUUCGCCGCGCUGCAAUCGUCCGUCGGGCGCGCGCUGUUGGUGGAGGCGGGACGGGACGCGGACGACAUCAGCAGCAUCGUGUACGUGGAGGCGAGCGGGACGGCGUACGCGAAGUCGGAGGCGAUACUGCGCAUAGGGAGAGAUUUGUUGGGGGCGCCGUUCGGGGGGGCGGCGCGAGUGGCGAUGUGGGCGGUGCCUCGGGUGGUGGGGGAUUGGGUGUACGAUCGCGUGGCGGAUAAUCGGUACUCGAUCUUGGGACGCAGGGACGAGUGUCGAUUCGGCGACGACGAAGACGACGAUCGAUUUCUCGCGUAG